UACCUCAUUUUCUCCUGGCAGGUCAGCCGCUCUGUGUUUCAGUCUGAAGCCGUUGGCUGCUACUGAACCGUUUGGCUCUUUUCUCUACUAGCGAGCAAACCUACAAUCUAGACCCAACUGUGCAUCCAGCUCAUUUUUAAGGGGAUUUAUCAUCAUAUAUGCCCGUGUAUCCACAACACAUCGGUCAUUGGGGAUUCCUAGCAUCGGAUGGCCGGGUCUGCAGGCCGUUAUAACGCUUUUUCGAGGUUUAAUUAGAGGUAGAAAACAACGGUGGUGGAGGAGGAGGAGAUUCCAUAUUAGGAGCACAGAGGAGAAGGCACCCCCCUUGUGUGAUUUGGAGCGUUUGGUUCUGAGCUGAUGGUACACGGCCCUGACUGAACAUACUGGUGGUGCAUACAGACCUACUGCAGUGGCUAGCUGUGUGCGUGCUGACCUCAUGGUGUAACAGGAGUAAAGAUGAGCAUUAGCAGUGAUGAGGUCAACUUCCUGGUCUACAGAUACCUACAGGAGUCAGAAGUAAAACAAGCUCUUCCAAGCUGGUCAAUCACGGGUUCUCCCACUCAGCGUUUACGUUCGGUAUAGAAAGUCACAUCAGCCAAUCCAACAUCAAUGGUGCUCUGGUUCCCCCUGCUGCCCUCAUCAGCAUCAUCCAGAAGGGCCUGCAGUACGUGGAGGCUGAAGUCAGCAUCAAUGAGGACGGCACAUUAUUUGAUGGGCGGCCCAUAGAGUCUCUGUCCCUGAUCGACGCUGUGAUGCCUGAUGUCGUUCAGACGAGGCAGCAGGCCUACAGGGACAAGAUGGCCCAGCAGCAGGCUGCCGCUUCAGCACCGACAUCGGCCACUGGUGGCAGCAUCGCCGGCAACGCCAAGAACGGAGAGAAUACUGCCAACGGGGAGGAGAACGGAGCCCACGCCUUAGCUAACAACCACGCAGACCUGAUGGAGGUGGAUGGAGAUGUGGAGAUCCCUCAGAACAAGGCCAUGGUCCUGAGGGGCCACGAGUCAGAAGUCUUCAUCUGUGCCUGGAACCCAGUCAGUGAUCUGCUGGCAUCGGGGUCUGGCGAUUCGACGGCUCGUAUCUGGAACCUGAGUGAGAACAGUACAAGCAGCUCCACACAGCUGGUGUUGAGACACUGCAUACGAGAGGGUGGACAGGAUGUCCCCAGCAACAAAGACGUCACCUCGCUAGACUGGAAUAGCGAAGGCACGCUGUUAGCAACAGGCUCUUAUGACGGCUUUGCCAGAAUAUGGACGAAGGAUGGAAACCUUGCAAGUACACUUGGCCAACACAAAGGUCCCAUCUUCGCCCUUAAAUGGAAUAAAAAAGGCAACUUUAUCCUUAGUGCAGGAGUAGACAAGACAACAAUCAUAUGGGAUGCCCAUACAGGAGAAGCCAAACAACAGUUUCCUUUCCAUUCAGCUCCAGCAUUAGACGUGGAUUGGCAGAGCAACAACACGUUCGCCUCCUGUAGUACAGACAUGUGCAUCCAUGUCUGUAAACUGGGACAGGACAGACCCAUUAAAACAUUCCAGGGACACACAAAUGAAGUAAAUGCAAUCAAGUGGGAUCCCACAGGGAACCUGCUAGCCUCGUGCUCAGACGACAUGACGUUAAAGAUCUGGAGUAUGAAGCAGGACUCUUGUGUCCACGACCUGCAGGCCCACAGUAAAGAAAUCUACACCAUCAAAUGGAGUCCAACUGGCCCUGGAACCAACAAUCCCAGUGCUAAUCUAAUGCUAGCCAGUGCUUCGUUUGACUCCACAGUCCGUCUUUGGGACGUGGAGAGAGGCAUCUGUAUCCAUACGCUGACCAAACACCAGGAGCCGGUCUACAGUGUGGCUUUUAGCCCCGAUGGUCGUCAUUUGGCCAGUGGCUCCUUCGACAAAUGCGUGCACAUCUGGAAUACACAGACGGGCGCUUUAGUCCACAGUUACAGAGGGACAGGGGGAAUCUUCGAGGUUUGCUGGAAUGCAGCAGGGGACAAAGUGGGAGCCAGUGCGUCAGACGGAUCUGUGUGUGUACUAGACCUUCGGAAAUAGUGCCGCUGUUUGUUGGAAGCCAUGGACCGACCAUGAAUGUGUACAUAGCCAAAUGACUGUCCCUGCCUGCCCUGCGUACUGCUCACGCUUACGACUAUGGCCCCGCCCACCGACAGACAGGAAGCAGGAAACAGGAACAGGAAGCAAGCACCCGACACAGCAGGUCCAGACACAGGGAUGAGCAGAAGGACGGAUGGAUAAACGGGCGGAUGGAGGCGCCCCUCUCUAUCUGUGCAGACUCUAACAGAGAUGCAGAAGGGACGCAGCGGAAAAAAGAAAAAAACUCAGACAAAAAAAAGUUACAGAUCCGUAUAUGUACCAAAAUUUGGAAGCUAUUUUGCUUUUUUGAUCUUUAAACCAUGCUCAUCAUCAUCAAAAUGAAAAACAAUGAAAAAAGUGUUGAUCUUUGUUACUAGUUGGAUCUCAUUGUGCAGACAUAUCAACUUCUCCACCGUAAUAUAGGAUGGCACUUAGUUUUUUUAAAUUUCAGAUCACUUGUUUUAAUGUUUUUAUAUUUUUUAUCUUUGGGGGAGGGGCGGGGGCUGGCCACGUCCCACUUUUACUAAUUGGAGAAGGAAAUACAAACAAACACGCUCAGACAUGCAACUCAAACUGUGUCCUCGUCAUGAUUUCAAACCAAUGUCGCACACCUUGUGUUUAUUUUUUUUGCAGUAGUAGUUGCAGCAGCUGUGAGUGGGUCAUAGAAUGGACUUCAAAAUGCAGUAAUUCAUGUGUCAUCUUCUCCAGAGGACAAACUGACUUCUCUCUUUGUACAUCCUCCUGCCACACGACACAGAUGAUGUACAUCCGUUUUUUUUUUUAAAGAAAACAGCUCCUUUGUGCACUAUUUGUUCAGAUUCUUUUACCCACAGCUCCUCUUGUUGGAUGUUUUGGCCUGAGCGGUUACCUGUCUGAUUUCAAAAGAAAGCUGAAAACUCAAUACUGUACUCAGCCAGUAGGAUUCAACACAAAACAAAAACACUUGCAUUAAUAUUUGAGAAUGGUUUCCUCCUAGGCAUUGCGUAUAAAGACUGAAGUGUGUUCUCUCAUGUAUAAUCAUUAUCCUAACAUGCCUCAAAUUGGGCACACAGUGUCCUGCAAUGAGGCAGUCAGAAGCCGGUCUGUCCCUUUCAAGUGUCGUGCAGCCUCUAAUUGUUGCAGUUUCUUGAGGUAGAUGCUGUACAGACAGGACUAACCUGAGUGAUUUGAGCCUGAUAUCACAAAGCCACAGUCAUUAGAGGUUCAGUGCCCUGAGCUCUUGUACCCUGCAUGUCUGGUCGCAUCAGUAAACUAACAAAGAGAUUUGAGUUGCUUAAUAAGCAGAUGAAUCUAAUGGUUAAGAGUCAUUAUGAGACUGACAGCAAUAGUGACUUCUAACAUCUAACUGUAGCCCAUACCUCAAGGCUGUAAUACAUAAGCAAAUGAACAGGUCAAAACUAUGAACUGUGAGCGGUAUUGACUUGAAUGCAGCAUUGAAAGACAUUUUUUAAUUUGCUUUUUUGAAUAACAGAUGUUAAAGUGACAAUAUGUACUUAUCAAGUAAGGGAUAAUGUAUGGUUAGCAGGUUGUCAUGGGAAAAAGAAUCCUGACAGGGUGAGACAAGACACCCGUUUAUUACCUGUAUACUAACUUAAAAUACAAACACGGUGUCAAAAACAAAAGAUUAUUUUAUUGGUUAAAAGUGAUUUAUGUUUACAGUUUUUAAAAAUAGUCCCAGUGUUCCAUGGUGAUGUAUUCUCAUCUGCCUGUUGCGGUGGCGUUAACAUGAAACUGUCCUCAUUCAGCUCUCCUUCUCUGAGCUCUGAGGUUCACACACCUUUAAAAAUAAACAAGGCAAAUGUCACAACUUUGAACCCUGCUGCUAUCAUCACCACCGCUCAUGGUUUAAGUUUCUCUGUAGAGGCCAGUAACGUAAAGGUGAUCUCACCUGCUCCACUGCCGUUGCUAAUUAUUGCUGGACAGGAUCCAAUAUGUAAACAUCCAUAGCCUUCUGAUUUAGCUAACGGUCUAAGGUGUCAACAAGCAGAAGCUAAAUGUGACGGCUCUCUUUUCCACGCAUUGAUUUAACAUGACGGGGAAUCAGUUUGCCUGUGGUGUUGCUCAUGUUAGUGAAAGUUAAUAACCGCUGUCGAGGGGUUUUGACCAAUCAGAAUCAAGCUUCUUAAGAUCAGUAAGAAAGCCAGGUAGUAACAGUACUUAUUGUGUGUUUGUUGACAUAGGGGAGCCCUAUAUACACAAGUCACUUGAAAGACAGUCAUCAGUCAGUUGAGGCAGAUGAUUAUCCGCCAAUGAAACAGGUUCUGCGUGAGGUUUCUGCCUGUAUACGUUUUUCCAUUACUGCUGUUUCUAAUCCCUCCUCACUGAUGUUAAAAGAAAAAUCCCAGUCCAGACUUGCUGCUUCAAAUGCCAGUUCAGACUGGAAGAAACCUUUGUUGUGAUUUGGUGAUUGAGUACAGAGGUUCAAUUGACUCAGAGCUGGAUGAAAACUGUGUUUGUUACAUGUCUGGCUAGAUUAGACGAGCUGUCUUAGCCAAGCCUUCAAAAGGAUACCUGGUUGAGAGACUAAGAUACUGUGCAAUUUAAAACUGCAGUUGGAACAAAGUUAAGCCACUUUGAUCCCUUGUUUGUUCCUUGGCUUUGCUCUUGUAAAGGGUUUAAAGACACUCAAAGCUGAAUCUGGAGAUUUAUUUAUUAAUAUUUCAAAACACGCAACUGUCCACAUGUCUCUUGCGCGACAGGAAGGAUUAAAUCAGGUGUUUAUUUGUCAACAGGCUGCCUUUACUUGGAAGGAAGGAAGAUCUCGUUCUGUUGUUUUGUUUGAGACAGACGGCACAAAAUUAUACAUCAGUCUCUAAAAGGUUGUGUUUUUGCUCUCAGUUGAGUCUCACUGGCUGAUCCAAACUCCACCCUUAAAGCUUCUGUGUUCAAAGCAGUGUGUACUUAUCACAAUACACUACAUUUAUGCUGUUUCUAACCCAGUUGGAAGGGUAAAGGACAUAAAGUAGAUCUAAAAUAUUCAACAAAGCUACGAGUGAAGUUUAAUGUCUUUACACAACACAAACAGUCCUGGUAAAUGCAAACAACAAAACAAUCAGUUUGUGUUUUAGGAUUCAUCUUCUCUCUCACCUUUGUUCUUGUUUUUCAUCACCAAAACCCCGCUCACAUUUUAUUCCGAGGUUCCUCAGAGAUGAGACAUUUUAUACUCUUUAAAGACAAAUUUAAAGUUACAUUUUUGUAAUUUCUUUGUAGAUUUGAAAAAUGUGAAUUGAUGAUUCAUUGGCAGUGUUAAUUGACAUGUCAUGUCAAUUUCAAACAUUGUUUUUUGUUUUUUUUUUUGUUACUUUGAUGCUAUUGCAAAUAGUUGGAGGUUGACCCUGUAAUGUAAGGCUCACUGAGCUGAGCUGUCAUUCUGAAGGCACCUUGCCUGGCAACUGUUUCCCCAGGAGCAAAUUACCACUAAAUUUGUCCAUGUUUGAAUAAAGAAAUGUUUAACUUUUCUUUUUGCUCAAUCUUUUGGGAAGCUUGGUCCCAAAAAGUACUUUCUCCUGAACAUCCUCUUGGCUUACACAAAAGACAAUUCAAAAAGUAAGUCUUUAAAUGGAAUAAAAUUGUAUUUUUCAAUCAA